AAGAGAGCAACAGUUCCCUGCUAGGACAGUCUGAACCACUGAUGCACCACUGCUAUACCAAAAUAACCUACUUCACUAUAUCUUCUGAACAAGCUAGCAAGACUAGACAACAGUACAUAUAGGGGUUUUGGGCUGAAUGCUCAUUGGCUGCUUGUGUCCUCCAACAUGAAGCCCAGGAGGCUGCUCUUAUCCGUGGAUCUGUUACCCACCAUCAACGAGAUGCACGAGGACCUCUCCCAAACGCGCCACCCCGGACACUCCGCCCAGUCCCUGGAGGAGUACGUGGCCUCCAUUAAGGAGCUGUCCCAGCCCGCCGCGUUCUCCUCCUGCGCCCCGCUCCGCGUGUCGAGGUCCCCGAGGCCCCGGCUGGCCUCCUUCCCCCACCCCAGACUCUCCGCCCCCCCGGCUCAGCCCCACGUCAUCCCCGGGGCCUGCAAGCCCUGCCUGCCGGCGGCCCUGGACAGCAUCACGCUCACGUUCGCCGCGGACGCCAAGCGGGGCGCGGCCUCCCGGGACCCGCUGGACUGGCUGUUCGCUCAGACGGAAUGUGGAGACCUGUCGCUCGCUGGAAACACCACCGCUGCUUUGUGUCUGCUGUGAUCAGGGCCUCAACACUCGUCACGGAACGCUCCCCGGGCUGGACCGAACGGAGCUGGACCGUCCUUCUCUGAGGAGACAUGCUGAAGAGACUGGAGUCAUAUCGUUUGUACGGCCAGGAUAUAUGUGAAAUUUGUUAUAUAUGUAAUAUAUGGGACCACUGUGGACU